GUUUAUAAAUAUAUCACGUCUCCCAGUAUUGUAAACGUUGUGACAAAAUAUAGUAAAUGCGAAAGAACUUACUCAAAUUAUAAAUAGUUUUCACAUCUGCAUAGAAAAAUGGAAAAAGAUGAUGAUAAUUUCACGGUACGACCUGGUACAAUCGACAGAGGAAAAGAUUACGAAGUUUUCAACAUUGCCAACAUAAUCCUGAAUCUGUUAUCUGACGACAACCUAAAGGAUUUCAAAAUUGCUUCUAAUGCUGCCGGUUUUGGUGAUUUUGAUGAUAUUGUCUUAGAAGUGGAAUAUGAAGAUGGUAGUAAAGAGGAGUACCUGGUUCAGCUAAAACACGUGCAACAAGACAAUAAGAUGUUAGUGCUUGAUAGUUUAGUCAAGGACAACGGAAAAUAUAGCAUAAAAAAGUACUUCAAUAGCUAUAGAAAGGACAUUAAACCUAAAAAUAAUAAUUCAAAAAUGGUAUUCUACACAAACUUAAAACUUAAUGAAGUAGAUUUCAAAAUUCCAUUCCAAACCUCCAACGUAGAAAUCAGUCCUAUUGAAGAAGAAAACAAAUGGCUGGUUACAAGCGCCGAGAAAAAACCAGUCAGAUUUGUUAUAGAAAAACCAUCAGAUGUAGACGAACUCUAUGAAGAGUUUUUCAACAAUUUUUUGCUCUACACAAAUCAGGCUAACACGAAGCAGAUAAGAAAUGAUCUGUCAGAAAAAUUUUGCCGACUUUUCAACUGUGAGCAAGAUGCAUGCGAAAAAUAUAUUCAAUUUGUUAGUGAAUGGAGCAAAAAAGAAGGAAAAAAACAAAAACUGACUAAACUUUGGAUCCGCCAAGUUAUUGCUGCUUGUUUGCUGUCGCAAUAUAUUAAUCCAGUGUCUAACAUCAAAGUUAAAGACAAAUACUUACCCUUAACACAAGCCAUGGACAAGUUUCAUUUAACAGCAUUUCCAGCAGAAGAAACGAAUAAAGUGGCCGAAAUAUGGGAACACUCUGAAGAUUACACAGACUGUUUGCGAGAUUUUAAUAUAAUGAGGCAGAAGUUUCAUCUAAAAAUGCAAAAUAUCACCAAACGUAACCUUUCGAAGCUUCCAGAUAAAUCGUUAUUGUUGUGGUUAGGAAACAAAUGUCCACUAGUGAUCUUCGAAAAUCCAACCACCACGGCAGCUAUAAAACUAUACCCCGAAGGAAAAUACAUUGUAAUGGAAAACGAUGACGUUUCUUCAGAAUUUAAACAGAAGCUAAAAGAUAGAUAUGUUUUUCGGUGUUUAUCAGAUCUUGAUAGAGAAUCCGAAGAUUAUGAAAAUCUUGUUGAAAAAAUAUCUUGCAAUCUACAGGGAAGAAAAAUAAGUUUGAAAGCUUUACUUGACCAACAUGAAGAAUUGACAUCGGCUAUUACCACAAACGAAUUGCUUCAGAUGCUGGAGACAGAAGUCUUCUCAAUUGGAGAAGAUACAGAAGAACUUCCAAAUCCACACAUUGAAAGAAACUUAUCCACAACCGUCAUCGACGUGAAAUUUUUAAAGCAAAUUCAAAAGUAUGACUCAAAAAUCGUUGUAGUAAUUAGCUGCAAUGGCAAGAAAGAAAAAAUUCAAACGUAUUUGGAAAAUUUCGAGUUAAUCAAAGUCGAAAAUUAUAUCAGUUCGAACAUGAAGCUUAGUAAUGAUAGCAAAAUUGUAUUUUACACUGACAAAGAAUGUUCGCAAGAAGAUUUUGACAUAAUCUGCCACAAAAACAAAGCAAUCAAAGAUUGCCACCACUUUCGCAUCACCGAUGAAGGACAUUUGGAAUGGAUCAAAAGCAAGAACAACAUUGAGGAACUAGAACCAUUUUUGGGCUCCGAUGGGUCUAUCAGUGAAUCUGAAAUAUACAACUUACCACCAGGCAACAACAUCAACGUAAUUUGUGCCAAUCCCGGUAUAGGAAAAUCUGUUUUGACGAAAAGUCUAAAAAAUAAAUUAUCCACGCGAUACUGGAUUUUAAUCAUCAACCCGACAGACGUUUCGGCAUUCUUUAGACACAAGCAAAGUAUAACAUUUGACAACUAUAUUGAAACCAAAAUGUUGGAAAAAUACAAAAAUUUUGAUAAAACUGUAAUGUCAGCUUUCAAAAAGAAGAACAUGAUAAGUUAUAUUUGGGACGGCUUGGACGAGAUAUCUGACGAAAAUCUGAAAAAGGUUUUAGAUGCCAUUGACGCUUUAUCAAAGAAAAAUGUUUUGCAGUGGAUAACUUCUAGAUGUCAUCUCCAAGACAAAUUAGAAAAGAGAUUCAACGUAUUCUCUCGAACAAUUCAGCAGUUCGACGACAAACAGCAAGAACAUUAUAUUCGUGAACGACUUCAAAAUGCUUGCAAUGAAGAAUGUGUUAAGAAAAUAAGAGACAAUAUUGAAAUCAUACAUUGUCAAGAAGCUUUAGCUAUUCCAUUGCAAAUUUAUAUGUUGACAGAACUGUUCUUACGAGAUCCGGAAAAGUAUCAAAAAUUACUGACAGAUACGUUUUCUCUAGCAGACUUGUACCACCAUUUCGUGAACGAAAAGUUUAAUAAUUUUUACAAAGAAAAGGCAAACAUAGAGGAGCCAAACGAUUCUCUGCGACAAAUAUUGCUGACGUACAAAGAAAGUUACAUUAAGAAAUACGAGAAAGCUGCUGUUGCGUUAUUAAACGAAUCAAACUUGCAAGUGGACUGUGACAAAUUCUUAACGAAAAUUAAAGAAGAACGCGACGCUUUUGGCUUGAUUGUUGACGUUUCCGACAACAUGCAACCCAUAUUUGUACAUAAUUCUUAUGGUGAAUAUUUUAUAGCGUGUUACUUUUUCAAGAACUAUGGAAAAGUUGCUAAUCUAAAAAAUAUUCUUUUCAAAGAAAGAUACACCAAUAUCAGAUUCCUUUUUGAUUUACUCAUGGCAAAAGACUCUGAAGUUCAUGUUGCAGUUUUAUACAAAAACUUAGACGUUCUGAAGAAAAAUGAGGAAUCUUUGAAGAGAAAAGAUCGUGCAGGACGUAAUGCUUUGCAAGUGGCUUGUACUUGGGGACAGAGAUAUCCUCUAUUGAUUACUACGGCUGUAGAGGAAGAAGCUGAUACUUAUCAGAUAAAUGAGAAACUUGGAGACUCUGUUGAAGAAGAAAAUUCCAAUUAUCAGGAAAUUAUCAACUAUUUGUCAGAUAAAUGUGACCUCGAAGAGAAAGACAAGCUGUUCCAGAUGGAUUGUGCGCAGUACGCAGACACCGCAAUGUGCCUAUUUCCCAUAAGUCAGAUAGCGCCGAAGAAGAAGUUAGACAUUAACAGCUUAUCCAACUUCAAAGACUUAGGCAGUUUGCUAUACUAUGGGAUAAAACUUGAUUAUGUGCAUAUUCUAGAUCUAGUAGCAGACAUUCCGUUGAUUAAAACGGAGAAAAGAAGUUUAACGUUGAUACAUCUUUGUGCAGAAUUUGAUAGCAUUCAUUGUUUACAGAAGCUUCUGGAAAUCGAAAAGUACAAACAAAUUAUCAACAACGUAGACAUCUUUGACGUGUCAGCUGCAAGCAUCGCUUGCAAAAAAGGACGUCUUGAGAUACUUGAAGCGCUUAUUGAGGCUGGUGCUGAGCUAAGAAGUAACGUUUUCCAGUUAAUUCAGUUGGCGUGUAAAGGAGGUCAUCACGAAAUUGUCCAUUUGUUACUCCAUUAUGACAAUAUCAGCAUUAACGAAGACCGGAAAAGUAUCACCGCAGCCUUGCAAACGGCUUGUUUAAGCGGGUAUGACAAGAUCGUUCAAAUCUUGGUGGAUUUUGGUGCGGACGUUAAUGUAAAUACUAGAUAUGGAACACCUUUAUACGUAGCUUGCACAUACGGCCAUAAGGAGGUCGUAGAGAUACUUUUAAGAACUAAAAGAGUUCAAUUAAACAAGGGUAAUAAAUACGGAUGUACACCUUUACAUAUAGCGUGUCAAAGGAAUUAUGUCGAUGUUGUGAAGUUAUUAUUACUAACUUCCGCAGUGGACGUAAACGUUGCAGACAACAAGGGUCUCACACCAAUACAUAUAGUCACGAAAAAUGGAAACGAAGAACUACUGCAGCUGUUAAUUGCUUCCAAAGCGGAUGUCAACAAGGCUAACAAGAAAAAAAUUACUGCUUUACAUAUUUCGUGUCAAUGUGGAAAGGAAAAAAUUGCUAAAAUGUUAAUUGACGCUGAUGCUCAAGUAAACAGUACCUGUAGCGAAGGCUGUACACCCAUUUUUAUGGCAUGUGAACAUGGCGAUAGGAAUAUUGUGAAGCUGCUUUUAGCCUCUGACGCAAAUAUCGCACUAGCUGACAAGAAGAACGUGCUACCCCAAGCAAUUGCUGAACAAAAGGGUUUUGAUGACAUCAAGCGACUUCUUGACGAUUUCAUAGCAGAAAAAAAUUUUAUCCUUGGAGGUAAAAAAACAACGUAAACACGUUAUUUGUUUAAUUAGAUCAGUUAAGAUAAAAUAUUGUCAAGUACUCUCUGCUUUUUUUUUUCUGUAUUAAUUUCCAGUAUUUUGAUUAUAUUCCUUGUGUAAUCUGUAUUGUAUCAAAUAAUGAAUUAUGUCGUAAAA